AUGACAUCAAAAUCGCUGGAGGCAAAGCUGUCUGCUCUGCAGAAGUAUUCGGUUUGCGAUGUUUCAGAUGCUCUUCUCGCUCUCCAGAAAGUCCCCAAAGGCGAAACUACUCGAGCUGGUUUCCUUGCAGAUCUCGUCCCCUUUUCUCCGUCCCGCAUCAACGUUGAAAACCAACCAAAAGUUGUCGCUCCUGUAUCGACAUUCAAAUUCAUACCAAAACAUGACCUUGUCCCGGAAGAUACGUCACCAUCAAAGGACCAUGGCAUCCCGGCUGGUAGCCAUUGGGUUGACUGGGCACAACCAGGGACCGUCGUGGUCAUUGAGCAGCCUGCCGGUCAAUAUUGUGCCGCUUUGGGUGGUAUAAUGGCCUCGCGAAUGAAGGUCCUAGGUGUAAAAGGAGUAGUUGUGAAUGGCCGAAUAAGGGAUAUGGCUGAAUUGCGGAGUACAAAGUUACAGGCACCUACAUCGACUGUAGGCUCUGGUGCGGAGUCCAGACCUGGAGCACGAAAUGUCCCUGUCAAUAUAGGUGGAGUUACGGUUUCUCCGGGUGACAUUGCGUUCUGUGACCCGCUCGACGGGGUUGCGGUUAUCCCUGCCGAGCUUCUCGACGAUGUUCUCGCCUUAAUGGCCAAGCUUGUGGCGGCUGAUGAGAAGGUCAAGGAAGAUGUCCUGAACGGAUCUAGUGUUUUUGAUGCGUUUAAAAAGCAUCGUGGAACUUAA